AAAAGGAGUAAAACUAAAAUCAAGGAGUAACCAUGACAGGAAAAAAAGUAAAUCUUGCAUGGAUAGAGAAUGACUACUCCAGAUCAAUGACAUUGAAAAGAAGGAGGGCAGGGUUAGUGAAAAAGGUGAAUGAACUAAGCAUAUUGUGCGAUGUAAGGGCUUGCACGAUCAUUUUUAGUCCUAAUGAGGCUGAACCAGUGGUGUGGCCAUCUGCUGAGAAAACUCAUGGCCUCCUAGACGAGUUUUUUUCCUUUCCAGAGUUCAAGCAGAACAAAAAACAGGCGAGUGUCGAGUCAUACCUAAAUGACAAGACGAAGAAGAUUCAUGAGGAACUGAUGAAGAUCGAUAAGCAGAAAAAGGAGUAUGUUACUAAUGAGUUGAUGAUUCAACUACAAAGCGGUCGUAGAAUUGGUGAUCUUACCUUGAGUGAGAUCUACACCUUGAUAUCUUUCUCAAAGGAUAAUAUCAUACGUUGUAGGAAGAAGCUAGAUUCCAUGCAGUUUACUCCUCUUCGUGAUCCACCCAUAUUUCCAUUUGAAGUACAAGUCGAGGCAAUUAAGACCACCACAAAUGAUAUUUUUCAUAAUUUGGUUGAGUCAGUCUCUCAACCUUUCCAGCAUCAUAACAUGAACUACAAUCCAAUAAUGACUACGAAUCAACAAAGGCCACACCUUUUUGAUUUCAUGAGCCGUGAUCUAGAAGUAAGAAAGCAAGGAAGCAACAUUAACAACUCACAAAUUUACAGGAGAAUAGCGACCAACGAUGGUUUCUAUCAAGAGCCAGCUCCUAAUGGAACAACCGCCGGAGAAGGUAAUGCUGAUAUGACAUCGUUUGAUAUCAAUAGGAUUUUGCCGGGAUUUAAGAAUGAUCAUAUCUAAACUUUUUGUUGGAUUAUGUUCUAAGUUUGGUAUGCAUUUAUUUUAAAACUAUGUUUGUUUAUCUCUUUAUGGACCAUUAAAACAUUUUAUCUUUG